CGCCUCCCUGUCCCGUUUCAUAACAUGUUACCGUCUCUGCAUCGAGUCUUUCAGCGGAUUGACGUCAGUGACAGCGAUGACCUGCGCUGUAAUUUCUACGAGACUCGGCGUUAAAGUCGCUUCGGCCGCCUGCAGAUGUUUCCACACUGAACCAGUCCGACACGAGUCCAGCGCACUUCCGAUAGUUCAUCACAGCAAGUAUGUGUGCGACCUGCCUCCCAACCACAGGUUCCCCAUGGCCAAGUUCCCCCGGGUUCUGCAUCAUUUAAUCAAAGAUCAGGUCAUUACAGAGAAACAGGUGUGGCUCCCUGAAAUCGCCUCUGAAGACUUACUCCGCUGUGUGCACACUGAGGAAUACCUCAACAACUUCAUAGGUGGGAAAACGAAUGAGCAAGAACAAAGGAGGACAGGUUUUCCCUGGAGUGAAGGUAUAGUGAGACGCUGUCGGUAUGAAACAGGUGGGACUGUCCUGGCUGCUGAAGCUGCUCUGCAGAGGGGUCUGGCCUGCAGCACGGCAGGAGGGACCCAUCAUGCGUUUCCCAGCUACGGUUCAGGGUUUUGUCUCCUCAAUGACUUGGCGGUUGCGGCCAGAUACCUGAUGGGCAACUCCUCCACCAAAAGGAAGGUUCUGAUUGUGGAUCUAGAUGUGCAUCAGGGCGACGGCACUGCGUUCAUCUUUCAAGAGGAGCCGGAUGUGUUUACGUUUUCUGUGCAUUGUGGGAAAAACUUCCCCGUCCGUAAACAACAGAGUGACCUCGACGUCAGCGUGGAGGAUGGGCUGGAGGACAAGGAGUACCUCUCCACAGUGGAGGCCCACCUCCCUUGGCUGCUGGAGACCUUCCGUCCAGACCUGGUCCUGUACGACGCGGGCGUCGACCCCCAUCGGGACGAUGAACUGGGGCGGCUCCGGCUCACUGACCGAGGGCUGUAUCAGAGAGAUCUGUACGUGAUGAAGAGCGUGGUGAGUAGAGGUGUUCCUCUGGCCGCCGUCAUCGGAGGAGGAUACUCGAGAGACAUCGACGUCCUGGCCGCCAGACACUCCAUCGUUCACAGAGCAGCAACUCAGGUGUGGAGGGAAUGUGGAAUGUGAGACGUCCUAAAUCAAGAGGAGCCUCAGAGCUGCACCAGUACUUGAUCCUCAGGGGCCAAUGGUUUUAUUUGGAAUUCAAGAAGUAGGGCAAUGCGACAUAUUAAUCAAUAAUUUGAUGUACUGUAUAUUUACAAAUUCUGUAUAUACAGCGGAUUUACAUUGUUGCAAAAAGAAUGUUCUCUUAAUAAUGUGGUAUGUUUUGACUAAAGGGGGAUUUAACAUGUUUAAUACAGUGCAUCCGGAAAGUAUUCACAGCGCUUCACUUUUUCCACAUUUUGUUAUGUUACAGCCUUAUUCCAAAAUGGAUUAAAUUCAGUAUUUU